AUGGCACCUCGAGGGACGACGUCUCAGGCACCGACUAUUCCCCGAGGCGCCAAUCCUUUGCCUUUUCAACCCUUGGUCUUAUCUUGGGAAUCUCUUAGAUCUAGGUCAAGAAAUUCCAAGUUGUCAUCUGGCCCCUUCAAGAAAUUCCAAGUAUUUCAGUUUCCCCUUCGAGAAGUUCCAAAUAGCCCUGUAUCCCCCUUUAAGAAAGUCCGCGUUUUCCAUGGUGUGCCAGGAAAUGUUGAUGUGCAGUCCACGAUAAUCACCACUGCAUUGAUUAAGGAGUCUGCCUUAUCUAACCCACUGACCCAGUUCUGUCAUCUCUCCGCGUACCUUGUUCUCGCCUGUUCAAAAAGAGAGAGAGGAUUGGAUUUCCGCUUAGAGAUAAAAGUUUUGGCAGCUUCAGUGUUCCAUACUAAACAGCCUCGGUACCACAGUCUUGUGUAUCGGCAGCACACGAAGGAGAAUUUCGGCUUGCAUAUAGAAUCUGUAUUCAGUACCUUAUCGCAAGGGAGAAUGUGCUACUGGGCUCUAGUGUCCUUCGUCCUUGUGGCGGCCCUCCAAAGCGACAUCGCAGCGUGCCAGGAAUCCUGCCAGCCAGAGUGCACUGGAGCCAAGCCCUUCGUUCCCGACCCUAUGAACUGCACUCGUUAUUACUUCUGCUUGGCUGACGGAAGCCCAACAGACGCUCCACUGACGUGCAAAGACGGGAUGGAAUUCAACCCCGAGACGGGUUACUGCGAACCGGGAGAUCCUGCGAAUCCUUGUACUGCGCUCUGCCCGGUCCCCCAGUGCAGCUUCAAGUGCACCCUCGGCGGUGAAAGCGUUGGUUUGGUCCGGGACCCUUACGACUGCGGUAUGUUUCACGUGUGCACGCCAGCCGGUACAUUCGGGCCGUUCCAGUGCCAAGCCAACGUUCCUUAUUUCAACGGCGACAUCUGCGUGGAGAAGGAGGACGUCUGCUGUACCCAAGGUUGCAGGCCAUUCUGCGAGUCCUCCGCUGGCCUUGCUCAGGAUCCUCUCGACUGCAGAAAGUACUACAACUGCUCGGCCGGCGAUCUGGGGGCGCCGCUGUCGUGUUUGGAGGGCAGCACUUUCGACCCCGCGAUCGGCCAGUGCGUCGAGGGCAGGCCUUGUCGGGACUGCGGUGGCGGUUCGGGCGUCACCGAUACCUCCGUCAUAGUCCCGGCCGAUACCACUAUCACCGCUACCGCACACCCAGCCGAUACCACAAAAGCACCCCCAACAACAACAACAGCACCUCCAGCCGCAAACACAACGACUCCGCCCUCUUGCAACGUCCCCGCUGUUUGUUCAGCAAGUGGGAAUUUCCCGAUAUGUAAUUUCUGCCAUGAGCGGUACUAUUUCUGUCCCAGAGUCGGUGCAAAACCAUCCAUAAUGAAUUGCAUUAAUGAUCUGGUCUUUAACACUGAGCUGUCCUAUCCCUACUGUAUAUUAAGGGAUAUUUGUCCUUUUACGUCAUCAGGAUAGUAAGCGAUAUAUUUUUUUAGUUUUAUUAUUGUUGUUGAUAGUUUUUUCACUUCAUUUUUCCGUUAAGUUGUAUGGAGGAGCUAAUAAUAUCUGAUAAUGAUC